AUGACCACUGAUUCGAAUAAGCCUGCAGAUGGAGCUGUACCUCCUGCUCUGAUCGCACAAGCUGAAGCAGCGAUUUAUGGCAAUAUUGAGGACAAUGAUCAAUCUCAACAUGAGAGGAGACAGUCCAGGCAUCAGGAAGGUGUCGCAGGCUCCUCCACGACUGCGCCUCCUUCGUCGUUUGCACAUCGCCCUUCGUAUUUAGGCAUCCCAGACAUAGAGUCUCAUUACGAAACAACAGAACCUCCGCCUGCAUAUGGAAACAAGCAUAAUGAAAUAGAACUCAGUCAAGACGGGUUUGACACCCAGGCGAAGGUCUCUGAUGAUGGACGAAUCAACAUCAACAUUAACCAGAAAACUCGCAAAUUAUCCAAUCUUCUUAUACCCGCUCUGCGUAAUCAGCUUCUUCUUAACGCACAAGAAGAUGCGCAUCCCCUCCCUCCUGGAUACAUACCACCUGCGCUAGGAGGAUUACCAGGCCAGACACCUCCACCUCAACUCAAUGUUGUCAUACAUGUCGUUGGUUCUCGGGGAGAUGUACAACCAUUUGUUGCGCUAGGUAAAACCCUGAAAUCUACUUACGGACAUCGUGUUCGUCUAGCAACGCAUCCAACAUUCAAAGAUUUCGUGGAGGAAAAUGGAUUAGAGUUUUUCAGCAUUGGCGGUGAUCCUUCUGAGUUGAUGGCAUUUAUGGUAAAGAACCCAGGUCUCAUGCCAGGUAUCGAGUCUUUGAAGAGCGGCGACGUUGGCAAACGAAGAAAGGGUAUGGAAGAGAUUAUCCUGGGCUGUUGGAGAUCGUGCAUCGAAGCUGGGGAUGGACUAGGCCCAGCUCCUGAUAAAUCCGGAUCGCAACAAUCAUUGGGUCUCGAAUCGGGUAUCAACAUGGAUACUGAUCCGACGGAUAGACCGUUCGUUGCGGAUGCGAUCAUCGCUAACCCUCCAAGUUUUGCACAUAUCCAUAUUGCGGAGAAAUUAGGUAUACCGCUGCAUAUGAUGUUCACAAUGCCCUGGUCGCCUACCCAGUCCUUUCCUCAUCCUUUAGCGAAUAUUCAAUCCUCUAAUGCAGACGUGAACAUGACUAACUUCAUAUCUUAUGCACUUGUUGAAAUGAUGACAUGGCAAGGACUUGGGGAUGUUAUCAAUCGAUUUAGAGAAAGGGCUCUUGGACUUGAUCCUAUUAGUUUGAUUUGGGCACCUGGAAUGUUGAGUCGACUUCGUGUUCCAUACACAUAUUGCUGGUCACCAGCACUUAUUCCGAAGCCAAAAGAUUGGGGAAAGCAUAUCUCGAUAUCUGGAUUUUAUUUUCUCUCUUUAGCUUCCUCUUAUACGCCUGAACCCGAUUUAGCUGCGUUUCUCGCUGACGGCCCACCACCUGUUUAUAUUGGAUUUGGUUCCAUUGUCGUUGAUGAUCCUAAUGCGAUGACAACCCUCAUUUUUGAAGCUGUCAAGAAAACUGGUGUUCGGGCUUUAGUGUCUAAAGGAUGGGGAGGUCUCGGUGGCGAUGCGCUUGACGUACCUGAGGGUGUUUUCAUGUUGGGUAAUGUGCCUCACGAUUGGCUUUUUCAACAUGUAUCUUGCGUUGUUCAUCACGGGGGUGCUGGAACCACUGCUGCCGGUAUUGCUACAGGAAAACCUACUGUUGUCGUGCCAUUUUUUGGCGAUCAGCCAUUCUGGGGUGCAAUGACUGCUAGAGCUGGAGCCGGUCCACUACCCAUUCCAUACAAGCAACUUACUGCCGAUAAACUUGCUGCAGCUAUUGCUGAUGCUCUCAAGCCUGAAACUUUGGCAAAGGCACAAGAGUUAGGGGCUAGAAUUAAAGAGGAGAAGGGCACUGAAGAGGGGGGGAAAAGCUUUCACGAUCAUCUUCAUGUUGAUAAUAUGAGAUGCUCAUUGGCACCACAUAGAGUAGCGGUUUGGAGGGUUAAGCGUACUCAGACUAGGCUUAGUGCUUUGGCCGCGAAUGUUCUUGCUAGUGAGAAUCUUAUCAGUUUUGCGGAUUUGAAAUUAUAUCGUUCAAAAGAAUAUGAAACUGAUGAUGGUCCAUGGGAUCCAAUAUCUGGAGGGGCAACUGCGCUUCUGGGAACUAUUGCAAGUCUCAGUAUGGGUGUAGCAGAUUUCCCUAUCGAAAUCUUCAGGAAAGUGAAGCGAGAUAAGGAAGCUCAUGCUGCUGCUAAAGAACCAUCAAGUGCUUCUGCUACACCGAAAUCUUCUAUAAAGGGUCGGUCUCAGGAUCAUUUGCUAUUAGACGAAGGAUUGCUUAGUUCGGUUGACGCUAGUCUGCUGCAAGGAUCAGAUUCGUCAGUAAAGACUUCUUUCGAAAGCAGUCAGCGGUCCUCGAACGAUAUUGAUACUCCUUCAACACCAAGUACCCAGAGUUCAAUCUCGCACACAGCGAGUCCUAGUAUCAAGCAUACAAAUUCGUUACGCCAAGUGUUGAAGGAUAACAUAGAAUCCCGUCAUUCUCGCAAUGAUUCAGGUUCCGAGACACCCAAGGAAUUUGAUCCUUCCAAGUUGACUAUUGAAAAUGCUGUAGGAGCAGGAAAGGGUAUUUCGCGUAUCGUUGGUGCAGGUUUGAAGUCACCCAUGGAUUUCACACUAGGUUUGGCGCGUGGAUUUCAUAAUGCACCUAAAUUGUAUGGCGAUGAUACGGUUAGGCCACAAGAAAGGGUGACGGAUUUGCAGAGUGGUUUGAAGGCAGCUGGAAGGGAAUUUGGUUAUGGAAUGUUUGAUGGUAUCACUGGUCUUGUCACACAGCCUUUGCGUGGUGCGGAGAAGGAAGGUGCUGCUGGACUCAUUAAAGGUAUCGGAAAAGGUAUCGCAGGAGUGGUUCUCAAGCCUGGAGCUGCCAUAUGGGGACUUCCUGGUUACACAUUCAUGGGUAUUCAUAAAGAAGUGAGAAAACUUUUCGGCUCAAACGUGCUCAAUUAUAUCAUCGCAGCCAGAACUGCCCAAGGUUUCGAAGAUGCUCAGAAAUGCAGCAGAGAAGAACGUCUGGAUAUUAUUCAGCGUUGGACGGAGCAUAAGCGAGAAUACCAGAACGUCAAACAAAUAAUUAAAGAAGAAGGUCCUGAUGGUCAAGGUACUGGACACCUUUCACCAAAAGGCUUCUUACAGACACGGCAUCUCACUUUCGAUGAAAGGAAAAAACUACACGAGGAGCGAAAGGCUAAGCGUGAAGAAGAAAGUAGGCAAGGAGGCCAUGGUCUACGCCAUCAUUGCCCAAUGGGACUUUGUCGAAGAACAACAGCUCAUACUCACACAUCUGAUGAAAUUCGAGAGUCCCCACUUAUCAAUGUGAAUUCACCAACCGGGCAUACCAGUAAUGUUCAAUCUGACUUUGAGGAAGCAAUUCAAGCAUCAGUAGCCGCUACUUCACGUGGUAAUAUAGAAGAAGAUGUUAUGAUUGAGCGGGCUAUAAGAGCUAGUGUUGCGGAACUACAAGGUGGUCAGAGAGCGGGGUUGAGCCAUCAGGAGGUUAUGGAUCGUGCGAUUAAAGCUAGUGUUGUGGCUAGUCAGGAGCAGGGUAGUAGGGGUAAUGGAGAAAAGGAUGAUAUAGAACAUGAUGAGCAACUUGCGAAGGCGAUUCAGGAGAGUUUGAGGGGUUAUACGAUUGAUGGGGCGAGGGAGAGAGGUGGGGGUAGUGGUGAAAACAAAGGGGAAAGUAUAAGUGGAGGUAGAUUUAUAGAUAUGAGAAGUGAGGAGAGUGAAGAUGAUGAGGAUUUAAAGAGGGUAUUGAGAGAAUCGAGGGAAGAUCAUGAGAAAUCUCUCCCGUCUGAAAGAAAAGAAACUGAGAAGAGUGGAGGAGCUGGUGGUAUGACGGAAGAAGAAAUUGUGUUGGAGUAUAUCAAGAAACAGAGUUUACAAGAAGAAGAACAUAGGAAGGAACGAGAGGGAAAAGAAAGAAAAGAAGCGGAGAGAGCGGUAGAGGAAAAGAAGAAAAGAGAGGUAGAAAAUAGUAGGGCGGAUGAGGAGGCGUUGAAACAGGCUAUUGAAGAGAGUUUGAGGGGAUCGGGUGGGUCUUCGGGAUAA